AUGGGACAAACGCUGUUCGUUAGAACUAGCAUUUUGUUUUGUCAUGGAAUCAAGUCUAUUUGUUCGAAUGUUCUUUUUUUCGUUUCGUUGGAAAAACCAACGCCGACGUCAAGAAUGGAUCAGUCUAGUCUCCUUUCUCUUUUGGGAGCAGAGCUGAAAAAGAUGGAAUUGUCAAGUACGAUGAUAUUUUUAUUAACGGAUAGAAAAAUGCUAUUAUCAAGUAGUAAACCCAUUAUGAUUGCAACUCGUGGGAUGCCUGGAAUCCCACUAAAUCGAGAAUCGGAAUCGGUGGAGGAUGUGCAUAGGGUACUCCGAGCCCUCCCCUUAUUUAGAGAAAUGGAAGGUAUCUUGCGUGAGAGGAACCUGAAUCUCCCGUCAGUACAGGAAAUAAGCGCUUUCCGUGUGAAUCUAUUCUCUGGUAUCCGGCGUGAGAGUGCGAUUGCGGACUACGACGCUUUUUGGCGCUCCUUACUCGAGGAGAUUCACACACCUCAGGGACGUAGUUGUUUUGGUCAGAGAAUACAAGAUCUGCACGCCCGAAUGUCUGCCGAGGGCAACUGGGACUACUUGAUUGCCCAACAAGGCAGAGGGUAUUUUGGUAACCUACCUAAUCUCAACAGCCCGUUGGAUCAAUAUCAAUUUGGAAUUCACCCAAUUCUGGAUCUGAAUAUUGGUGAGUACUAUGUCUCAUUCACAAAUCUAUCCUUGUCUAUGUCUAUGCUACUCACUCUCGGUUUGGUCUUACUUCUGACCAAAGUAUUUAUGGAAUCGUCCGGCCAGAAACGGGGAAGAGCCCAUGCUGUCGUAGAGGCCUCGUCGAGUGCUUCCGCUACGCCUAAUUCUGAGGAUGAUGAUAAGCGGAAAAAAGUGUCCCGCCAAGACGCCAAUGGCAAAGAGUCAGAGCCGCCCAUAAAUGGGGCGCAACCUGAAGUACCAUCCAUUGCGUUCUUAAAGAAAAGAAUUAAAACAGUUCUAAGGUCCUGUCGAGAUAGGAACCCUAGGGAGAGCACAUUACGCUCUACUUACGAGGAUCUUCACCUUGAAACGGCGAGCGCCGAGAAGCGGGUAAAAAUCGCCCAGGCCCUAGAAAAUCUGUACAGGCGAAGCCAAUAUUUCCGGAGUAACAAAAGGCAGCAGCCCCAUACCGACUUGAUUAUUCAAAUCUGCGAUUGGGAGCGUACGAAGAGGUAA